CAAAUGCGGAUCCCCUGUUAGCUGCAGAGAAGACGCCUUUGGGUCACAAUCGUCCCUCAAACAAGCAAUCAGCCAUGAGUGGAAUGCGAGGUCUCGUCCCGGCAACAGUAGCCAUCGGAGUCGGUGUUUUCACAGGAUAUUACACUUUCCAACCAGCUUUCCAACAAUUGCAAACCGAGAAGAGAACAGAUCAGCGGUCAGUUAGCCUUACCUCUCCCCAGACGGCCUUCGGAAAUGGCAUUUUUUUUUUUUUUGAAGUAGUUAGACAUCAGAAACUGCUGACACCGUGAAACCCCUCGACAGGCAAGAAACUCAACCUAGGCAGGCACCUGAAAAUGAACCUGCCCUAGAUACUCAGGCAUACGAUUCCCCCCAAAGCGCCCAUUUAUUGCCUUUCGCGCCGACUGUUUUAGCCGAGACACGAGAGCCUUCAGCACGACCAGCCAAGGAGGGGAAUUCAUGGAUACAAUGGCUUUGGAGAUAUGGAAGUUCGUCGGGCAAAUCGCCAGCAAGCUCGAGAGAGGACAGUCAUUUGAUCCGCGUUAAGCCUAGGAGAAGUCCUGAAGAACCGAAGAAAGAUGACGAUGCCAUGAAUUAAGAAACGAUAGUAGAUAGGACGAUAUUAAAAUCGGUGUAUAGUGUACGAAUAGCUGAAUGUAUAUCUUGUUGUUAUAGACAAACAUUGAUCGGUGAUGGACUACAAUGUGUAUAUAUCCAUAUACUGACGCUCAAAAUAUGAAGCAUUCAAAUGUUAUGAAA